AUGGUCAUUAACACACCUCGACAGCACCCUAAGGGUCAAGAUGCUGAGGACACAGUAGAGGUGACAGUACGAGUGACAGCUGAGGACACAGUAGAGGUGACAGUACGAGUGACAGCUGAGGACACAGUAGAGGUGACAGUACGAGUGACAGCUGAGGACACAGUAGAGGUGACAGUACGAGAGACAGCUGAGGCUGAGGACACAGUAGAGGUGACAGUACGAGUGACAGCUGAGGACACAGUAGAGGUGACAGUACGAGAGACAGCUGAGGCUGAGGACACAGUAGAGGUGACAGUACGAGUGACAGCUGAGGACACAGUAGAGGUGACAGUACGAAAGUCAGCUGAGGACACAGUAGAGGUGACAGUACGAGAGUCAGCUGAGGACACAGUAGAGGUGACAGUACGAAAGUCAGCUGAGGACACAGUAGAGGUGACAGUACGAGAGACAGCUGAGGACACAGUAGAGGUGACAGUACGAAAGUCAGCUGAGGACACAGUAGAGGUGACAGUACGAAAGUCAGCUGAGGACACAGUAGAGGUGACAGUACGAGAGUCAGCUGAGGACACAGUAGAGGUGACAGUACGAAAGUCAGCUGAGGACACAGUAGAGGUGACAGUACGAGAGACAGCUGAGGCUGAGGACACAGUAGAGGUGACAGUACGAGUGACAGCUGAGGACACAGUAGAGGUGACAGUACGAAAGUCAGCUGAGGACACAGUAGAGGUGACAGUACGAAAGUCAGCUGAGGACACAGUACGAGAGUCAGCUGAGGACACAGUAGAGGUGACAGUACGAGAGUCAGCUGAGGACACAGUAGAGGUGACAGUACGAAAGUCAGCUGAGGACACAGUAGAGGUGACAGUACGAGAGACAGCUGAGGACACAAUAGAGGUGACAGUAUCAGGGACUUAA